AUGGGCAGAACACUGCCUUGGAAACCCGACGGCCGCCCAUCCGCGACGAAACCACCGACCUGUCUACAUCCGACAAGAACCGCCUCACCACCGCCUGGGAGCUCUCCCUCCCGCCCGAAACCUGCCGCGCCUUCGGCUCGCUCAACGCUUGUGUCAGGCCCUGUCCCACCACAACCACACAUGCGCAGACCCAAAGAAAGCCGCACAGACGACUCAGCCGGCUCGCCGCCCUCAAGCCCCCCACAAUCGUCUGAAGGUCCGCUUCCUGAAAGUUUCAUGGUCGAGGGCUUUGACAACGAUGACCGGUGGCGAAUGGUCGAGGAUGAAUUCUACUCUGUUGCUGCCCGCUUUACCGCACAUCUCCAUGCCGCCCAGUACCGCCGUCUGAAGGACGAGGCCAAGAGGCUGAGUCCCAACACCAUCCGCACUCUCGCGCGGCCCGUCACUCGCCCCCCGACUGUUGAUGUAAUGCGGCGCCAAGCAGCAUCUACCUUGGCCGUCUCGCAGCGCCGAGCCAUUACAACAGCCAGGUUGCAUGCCAAGGCCUCAAACCCAGCCGCUGCCGCUGCCGUUGCCGCACAGUCUGAAGAUGAGGAUAACGAUCGAUUCCAAAUCCAGCUCUCCAGGAAACGAACUCAUUUGGCCAGUCUCAUGAACAGUCCCCGGAAGAAGGCACAACCUCUGACGAGCAUUGCCUCCAUCGGCAAGGCGCGUGCGACUGCUUUGAGUACCUAUAGCCAAGCAAGUAGCCUUGGCACUGGCACUUCUCGGGCCAGGGAAGAGAGCCCCGCCAAGCACCGCCAAACCCCAGCUUCUGCCAAGACCGCGCAUGCUAGUGAUGAGUUGCGCGGUAUUCCUCAACAGGCAUCCUCACGAAAUUGCUUGACUUCACAACGAGCCUCUUCUCAAGUUGACUUUGAUUACGAUGCCGAUAAUCUUGAGCAACACUCGGCCAGAACUUUCGGGGCGCGGCUUGGCACCCAAAAGCCAGCGACAACAACAGACAGCCAGUCGCGAGCACCGGCUGCACCAAAGCCAGUCCCAGCCGAACAUGCUUCACUGACUCCAGCACUGCCGCCCUUCGAGGGCGACUGUGAUUCAGACAGCGGUCUAGAAACAUAUUUUCAACGACGCUUGAGGGAGCGCCGUAAAAAGCCCCACCGCCGCAGAUCCCCUGCUGCAGACGAACCGGCUGGGCAGGGAGAAAAUCAGGCCAAGCUGGCGAGCAAAGAUGCACAGAACGCGGCGCUCACAGUCCCAUCAAUCUGA